GUCUCCUGCAGCUGCCGCGAAGGUUACAGUGGGGAUGGCAUCCGGGCCUGUGUGCUCCUGGACCCCUGCUCCCAGAACAACGGAGGCUGCAGCCCUUAUGCCGUGUGCAAAAGCACAGGGGAUGGCCAGAGGACCUGCGCCUGCGACGCAGUCCGCACCGUGGGGGAUGGCUUCACUUGCCGAGCCCGUGUCAGCCUGGAGCUGCUUCGGGACAAGCACGCCUCCUUCUUCAGCCUCCAUCUCCUGGAAUACAAGGACCUCAAGGGGGACGGGCCUUUCACGGUCUUUGUGCCGCAUGCAGAUCUGAUGACCAACAUGUCACAGGACGAGCUGGCCCGGAUUCGCGCCAACCGCCAGCUUGUGUUCCGCUACCACGUUGUUGGCUGCCGGCAGCUGCGAAGCCAGGAGCUGCUGGAGGAGGGCUAUGCCACCACGCUCUCGGGGCAUCCGCUGCGCUUCAGCGAGAGGGAGGGCAACAUCUACAUCAAUGACUUCGCGCGCCUGGUGAGCAGCGACCAGGAGGCUGUGAAUGGUGUCCUGCAUUUCAUUGACCGCGUCUUGCUGCCACCGGAAGUGCUGCACUGGGAAGCUGACGCUGCCCCAGCUCCGCGGAGAAACUUCACCGCUGCUGCAGAGGCCUUCGGUUACAAGAUCUUCAGUGGCCUUGUGACGAUGGCUGGGCUCUUGCCCCUGCUUCAAGAUACCUUCCACAGGCCACUCACCAUGCUGUGGCCCACAGAUUCCGCCCUACAAGCCCUGCCUCCCGAUCGCCAGGUCUGGCUCUACCAUAAGGACCACCGUGACAAGCUGGCAGCCAUUCUGCGGGGCCACGUGAUCCGCAACGUCGAGGCCUUGGCAGCUGACCUGCCCAACCUGGGCCCCCUGCGCACCAUGCAUGGGACCCCCAUCUCCUUCUCCUGCAGCCGCACACGGCCGGGCGCGCUCACAGUGGGAGAGGACGCCGCCCGGAUUGUGCAGCGACACCUGCCCUUUGAGGGAGGCCUGGCCUAUGGCAUUGACCAGCUGCUGGAGCCGCCUGGCCUUGGUGCCCGCUGUGACCGCUUCGAGACCCGGCCACUGUGGCUGAAAGUUUGCAGCAUUUGUGGGCUGGAACCCCCCUGCCCUCCAGGCUCACAGGAGCAGGGCAGCCCCGAGGCCUGCUGGCGCUACCUCUCCAAGUUCUGGACAUCCCCUUCGCUGCACCCGUUGGCCCUGCGCAGUGUGUGGACGCGGCCGAGCCACUGGGGCCAGCCCCGAGGCCUGGGCAGGGGCUGCUACCGCAACUGUGUCACCACCACCUGGAAGCCCAGCUGCUGCCCUGGCCACUACGGCAGCGAGUGCCGAGCUUGCCCUGGCGGCGCCAGCAGCCCCUGUAACCACCGCGGCACGUGCAUGGACGGCAUGAGCGGCAGCGGGGAGUGCAGGUGCCACGCGCAUUUCACCGGAACAGCCUGUGAGCUCUGUGCCCCGGGAGCCUUCGGGCCCCUGUGCCAAGCCUGCAACUGUACCUCCCAUGGCCGCUGUGAUGAGGGCCUGGGGGGCUCCGGCUCCUGCUUCUGUGAUGAGGGCUGGACGGGGCCACGCUGUGAGGUGCAGCUGGAGCUGCAGCCUGUGUGCGCUCCACCCUGCGCACCCCAGGCCGUGUGCCGCGCUGGCAACAGCUGUGAGUGCAGCCUGGGCUACGAAGGGGACGGCCGCACAUGCACAGUGGUGGACCUGUGCCAGGAUGGGCGUGGCGGCUGCAGCGAGCACGCCAACUGCAGCCAGGUGGGCACAGCGGUCACCUGCACCUGCUGGCCAGACUACGAGGGUGAUGGCUGGAGCUGCCGGGCCCGCAACCCCUGUGAGGAUGGCCACCGUGGCGGCUGCAGUGAGCACGCCGACUGCCUCAACACUGGGCCGAACACACGGCGCUGUGUGUGCCACGCCGGCUACGUGGGUGAUGGACUGCACUGUCUGCUGGAACCUGAGCCACCUGUGGACCGCUGCCUGGACCGGCCGCCUCCCUGUCACGCAGACGCCGUGUGCACUGACCUGCACUUCCAGGAGAAGCGAGCCGGUGUCUUCCACCUCCAGGCCCCCAGUGGCCCUUAUGGCCUGAACUUCUCAGAGGCUGAGGCGGCUUGUGGGGCCCAGGGAGCUGUCCUUGCCUCUCUCCUUCAGCUCUCUGCUGCCCAGCAGCUAGGCCUCCACCUCUGCCUUGUGGGCUGGCUGGCCAACGGCUCGGCUGCCCACCCCGUCGUCUUCCCCGCAGCAGACUGUGGCGACGGCCAGGUGGGCGUGGUCAGCCUGGGCGCCCGGGAGAACCUCUCGGAGCGCUGGGACGCCUACUGCUUCCGCAUGCGAGAUGUGGCCUGCCGAUGCCGCGAUGGCUUUGUGGGUGACGGGACCAGCGUGUGCAACGGGAAGCUGCUGGAUGUACUGGCCACCACUGCCAACUUCUCCACCUUCUACGGGAUGCUACUGGGCUACGCCAAUGCCACCCCGAGGGGUCUCGACUUUCUGGACUUCCUGGACGACGAGCGCACCUACAAGACGCUCUUCGUCCCUGUCAAUGAAGGUUUCGUCGACAACAUGACCCUGAGCGGCCCAGACCUGGAGCUGCACGCCUCCAACACCACCUUCCUGAGCACCAACGCGAGCCAGGGUGCCCUACUCCCUGCGCACUCAGGCCUCAGCCUUGUCGUCAGCGACCUGGGCCCUGGCAACAGUUCUCGGGCCCCUGAGGUCCCAGGAGCAGUGGUGGUCAGCCGCGUCAUCACAUGGGACAUCCUGGCCUUCAAUGGCAUUAUCCACACUCUGGCCAGCCCCCUGUUGGCGCCGCCACAGGCCCGGGCAGUGGUGGCCCCAGAGGCCCCGCCUGUGACAGCGGGCGUGGGGGCUGCGGCGGCUGCUGGAGCCGUCCUUGGCCUGGUGGCUGGAGCCCUCUACCUUCGUGCCCGAAGCCGGUCCACGGGCUUUGGCUUCUCUGCCUUCCAGGCAGAAGAUGCUGCUGCUGACGACUUCUCCCCGUGGCAGGAAGGGACCAGCCCAACUCUGGUCUCCGUCCCUAACCCGGUCUUUGGUAGCCAUGAGGCCUUCUGUGAGCCCUUUGAUGACUCGCUCCUGGAGGAGGACUUCCCCGACACACAGAGGAUCCUCGAGGUGAAGUGACAGGCUCGAGGGAGACGGCUUUUAUUGCCCGGAGAGGGUGGGACAGGUGGGGCCGGGCCUGAUCCAGACAAUAAAGGUACUCUCAGCGGAUGUGCGCCAUGUCACCAA